UGUUUUAAUAAACAGUAUGUAAUUAUUAUCUUUGUAUAAUUGUUUAUUAUGUAAUCCUCAGUUUAUACUUGUACAAUUUUUAGGGGUUCAGAGUACUGUUCUCUUUGUAAACCUGGGCAUCGUGUAAAGUACUCUGUUGUGCAUUUGGUAUUACAGAGUUAUGUGUGGUAUUCACUACUGAGGAAAUCAGCUUAAGAAGCUAUUAAGGUAGCUAUUGAUUUUUUGUGGGUUUUUUUUUUUUUAAAACUGCUGGAUCUCUUUUUCAUAUUUGAAGGUAGCCAUAUAGUUCCUGGCUCAUUCAUGUCAUGGACCUUCUGUUGAUCUGGUUUACACUUCCUUGCAAUUUGGAGCCAAUUUCAUAUCUCAUUUUUAAGGCUUACACUGUAACAACCAAUUGACAGCUUUCUGUUUAAUUCAGUGGAGGAAGCAGAGGUUUUAAACAUAUUUAGGCUGUCCAUUUUCAUUAAGGAAGAGUCAUUCUAGUUAAUGUCUCUGCAGAAGUAUGUGUUAGUGUGAGAUCAACACUGCGCUGCUGUAUUUUGCUUUCUGCAGCUGAUGGGGGUGUGUGCUGACCUGUGAGUUAGAGCUGUCGUGCACCACUGUUGGGGCCUGUCCAGCUGGCAGUUAGAAACCACAGGAAGAAGCAGGCAGUUUGGACAGGCACAGAGUGGAGGAAUGGGAAGGAACCAGAGGUGUUGGUUGUGAGGUGACAUGAGAACCUAAGGGUUGGGGAAGGAGGUGCUGGGUUGCUGACGGAGAGGGGAGAAGGGAAGGAGCAAAGCUAGAAAUCUACAGAAGAAAACUAGAUUUUUGGCCAUGUGUGUGAAAACAUAGUUUUGUGAAUAGUGGAAUUAAUGAAUUGCAAACAUGAGGAACCAGUUAAUAUUUUCAGAAUUCUGGACUUUGAAGCAAAUAGUCUUUUAUGGCCGAGCAAAAGAUGUAACGAUGCCAGCAAAACUUCCAGUGAAUUUUUUCUCCACAAGAUCUCCAGUCAUUGAUCUUUUUCGGGGACAGUUAGACUAUGCAGAUCACCUUCGUCAGGAUUCAGAAAUUGUGCUGUAUUUCUUCUAUGCACCGUGGUGUGGCCAGUCCAUUGCAGCAAGAGAAGAAAUAGAACAUGUGGCCAGCAGAUUGUCAGACCAGGUGCUGUUUGUGGCUGUAAAUUGCUGGUGGAACCAGGGGAAAUGCAGGAAGCAGAAGCAUUUCUUUUAUUUUCCUGUGAUACACUUGUACCAUCGGAGUUUUGGACCAAUUGAAUACAAAGGCCCAAUGAGUGCUGUUUAUAUUGAAAAGUUUGUUCGCCGGGUGAUGACACCACUACUCUACAUCUCGUCUCGAUCAAAAUUACUAGAUUUCCUCUCAAAUUAUGAGCCUGGCGUUCUGGGAUAUUUUGAGUUCAAUGCUUCACCUCAACCACCUGGUUAUUUAACAUUCUUCACAUCAGCACUGCAUUCAUUAAAGAAAGAUUACCUUGGAACAAUACGCUUUGGAGUGAUCACAGAUAAACAUGUUGCAGAGGAGAUCUCACUGGUGCAUUCAGGCAGCGUGUACUUGCACAGACAUGUCAAUACAUCUCUUAUCUAUCCAAAUGACAUCAUGAACUAUACUGCUGAGAACAUUUGCAAGUGGGCUCUAGAAAAUCGAGAGAUGCUCAUACGCUGGCUGAGACCACAUGGUGGAAAAAGCCUUCUUCUAAACAACGAGCUGAAGAAAGGACCAGCACUUCUUAUAUUUAUACCUUACAAUCCCUUAGCAGAAAUUCAUCCUCUUUUAGAUGAAAUUACCAAAGUGGCCUUGGAAUACCACAACUGUAAUAAAAGCCAGGCAGCUGAGCCAGAUCUUCAACACUUAGGAGACACUGAUUCACCAGCUUUUGAUUCCUCUGUACCAGAUGCACAUAUGAAAUUAUCAGAAACAUUUUCAAUAACCAAGUCCCCAUGCUGUAACACAGUGGUGCUUCCACAGUGGCAUUCAAUAUCUAGAACUCACAAUGUCUGUGAGCUUUGCAUUAACCAGACACUUGGUGUCAAACCAAAUAAAGUCCAUGUGCCACACUGUAACUUUUUUGAGAUAGAAGCAGCUUUGGACUCUUUCUACCUCCAGGAACAUACCUUUUUUCAAGUUAUAUCAAAUACCAUAGAAUGCAGCAAUUUCUUAAGUUUCUAUAGUCCCUUUACCUAUUACACUGCAUGUUGCAGGACAGUAAACAGGCAUUUUUUAAGUUUCAUUAGUUCUGAGAAGACCAUAUUUCAGACCCCAAAAGUAACAUUUUCUUCCCAUGGGAAGAAAGAUGACACCCAACAUUCUAUUCCUCACAUUGAGGAUAGGAAUUGUUUUAUUCCUGACCUUCAUAGUAGUGGCACUACCUUUACUGGUCUGAGCUGCAGGACCAACAAAACCUUGAAUCUGUAUCUACUGGAUUCAAAUCUCUUUUGGAUAUAUGCAGAGAGACUAGGAGCAUCGAGAUCUACUCAUCUUAAGGAAUUUGCUGCCAUUGUUGACCUGAAAGAAGAAGUGCACUAUGUCCUGGAUCAAAAUCAGUCACUUGUUGGAUCUACCCUGGAGAACUUCAUAAAAAAUUUCAGUAUUCUCUACAGUCCCUUGAAAAGGCAUCUUGUUGAUGACCCUUCAGUCCAUCUUCAUGACCAGCGUGUAAUCACUGAAGUGACUACUAAUACCUUCCAUCAGACAGUGUUUUUGAGUGAAAAGAAUGUCUUGCUGCUCUAUUACGCACAGUGGUGUGGAUUCUGUGCUUCUCUUAAUCACAUCUUUAUUCAACUUGCUCGGCUUCUGCCUCCAGAUCAUUUCAUUGUGGCAAGAAUUGAUAUCACUCGAAAUGACCUUCCAUGGGAAUUUAUGACAGACCGUCUCCCAACCGUUUUAAUUUUUCCUCAUCGGAGGAAGGAACAAAGUGUGAAGUUCCCUGAAGAUUUUUCAGUUAACCUUCCUAAUCUUCUUAAAUUUAUUUUACAUCACUCAAGUUUUUCUUCAUCAGAGCUCUGUACCAAAGAAUGCCUGCAUAAAGACACAGUUCUACAGCAAGGACAUAUCUCCCACUUAGAGAGAGAAAUUCAGAAGUUAAGAUCAGAAAUCAGUGCCCUUCAUCAGGCCCAUGACCAGCUUGAAGCACAGCUUUCCGAAGCUAGGAGAGAGGAACAUAAACUACAGCAGCAAAAACACACACUUGAAAAACAGCACAAGACUCUGCAGCUCCACAGUGAGCAGUUACAGGCCACAUAUGACCAGAAGAAUCAAGAAUUACUAGCGAUGGCUGAAAAGCUUCAAGAAUUAGCUGAUGCAUCAGAAAACCUUCUUAAAGAGAAUACUUUACUCAGAAUCCUGGUAGCAUCAAGGGAAGGAAAGCUACAGAGCCAAGAUGAAAUUAAAGAACCCCUUCAGUCAGAGCAGAUGCUUUCUGAAGAUAAUUCUGAAGUUUCAACAGCUACUGACACAUUAGAGGACAAAAGGAUUGUUAAGAUUGAUACCACAGAGACAGAACACAGUAGUGGAAACAGGACAGAAUGAUUACUUACACGAAGUCAAAUGAUGCAGUAUUGGGUAGGUAUUUAUGCAAAUUUUAUUGAAAUUCAUUGUAAAUAAAGACUUCUUCCCCCACAUGAUCUAGAAAAAGAAAAAUCAAAUGGAAUAUUUUUGUAUACUUGAACAACUUACUAGAUACCCACAUCUAAAGAGAAGAGGAGAAUGGAAAACACUUUCUGCACUUUACUAUUGCACUAACUUGCAAAUUUUCCAUUUAAAUUGAAGAUCGUGAUUUUUAGGGGCAGCAGUGUGAAGCACUUCUGACUCAGAACCAGUUAUUUUUCACUGGCUUUCUCUUACAGCUGCUAGAAGAGAAAUUAGACCUUUGAUUUCUACUUUUCCAUGAUUUCUGAAGUUUGCCCUUUACACUGCAUUUCCUUUGCUGAAUUAAAAGAGAUACUUCAUCUGUGUAAUCAGUGAACUUGAAUGGACAAAGUCAUCUUGCUACAACUAUUCUGUUCUAGAACUUCAGCACUUCGUAUCACUUUUGUAUACCAGUUACUUGACUGUCUUGAAACCUGCAAGAGCCAUGUGUAAACUGUUCUCUACUGAAAACGAAGGAGUCUUACUGAAUUAAUCCUUUUCUUCUUGAUUUGUAAGAGGUCUAGAAUAUGACAGUUUAAGCAUAUGAGCCUGGCUAUACAUGCAAGUCUCAUGAGACUAAUAUGUUCCAGAAAAGCAUGUGGCAGGGUAAAAAGCUGUACCCCAUAUCGUAGUCAAGAGGCAACAGCAGGAGCUUUCUGCUACUUGACAGCGUUAAUUUUGCUUCAAAUUAUACCCUUCAGUUAAUUUUUAGUGCUACGUUUGCCUUUUUAAGUCAACAUCUUACUGCAGAAGAAAGGGGCAAGACUUUUUGGCUAGGCUGUUACUGUCUUGCGUAUAGUUAGAGUUCUCAAGGAAGCUUGCUAGGCUUGUGUUACUUACUCCAUAUGUACAGGUACAAGAAGCUAGUCUAAUGAUGUCUGUAUAGCUGAAGAACUUGAACUUCAUUAUUUGUAACUUAUCUCAGGGAACAGAUUUACAGAAUUUUUCUCUCCUAGGCAAUUAAGUGUUUAAAAGUUUCUGUAGGCAAAGGAAGCUAGAAAACAGGUCAGUGGCCUCAAAGCAAGUGUGCCUACCCUAAGAGUUUUAGAAUAUGUAAGCUGCCACUGGUGGCUCAGUGUUGUUCUUUCUCCUCCCCUUUUUGUCCCCUGUCCUCCUGCUAAACCUUUGAGGUCUAGGACAAUCUCUUUAAGACAUCUUAUUACAGUUCCUAUAGCUUAACUAUAGCACAAAGCAGGAUCUGCAAGGGGUGUCUAUAUUUGUAAGGACUUUGCCAUUGCUAGCUAAGAACUUUUACAAACUGAACAGCAAAUCUCCUUGCUCCUUUUUAUAGGAAAGCCUGAAAUUAUCUUCUAGUAGUACAGUUAAAUCAAGAGAGUUAUCUACAAGAUAUGUUAAUUGAAUUCUAUAGUUAACUGUUUGUAGAGUAAAAUGCCUUUUUACAACAGGCUGUUAACAUAUACCAUAACUGCUAAGUACACAAACAGGAGCUCUAGGAAAAUGUCAUACUAGUUGCACUUAAGUAACCACUUCUGCAGUUUCAGCAUGCAGACCUGCAGAAGAGAAAAGCCUGCUCUACUGCCAUUUCAAACUGCUGGAAACCUUCUGGACUGUCCCCAAGGGUUCAGUAUCCAUCAUUAGUUCCUAGGCUGGUAUCCAUCAAAAUGGCAGUUUCCUUGCAGUAGCUACAUGGUAGAAGACUCAGUUCUAGCAGGCAAAAGCUUAACCUACGUAGCUGCAACUAAAGAAAGUCACUUCCUUUCUUGUAGCUCCUGUGUUUCCUCCGUCACCAUGUUACUGAAGGAUUGUACCUUAUUUUCAAAGAAGGUACUCUGCCUCAGUUCAAUAAACUGUUAAGAGGAGUUCUGACUUCAUGGCUGUGCACUCAAAUUAAUAGCAGAAGCAAGCUUUAACUGCAGAUUUGGUUUUGAAAGUCUGGAAUCCCAGCUAUGGUUGUGGUUCAGCAGUCCUCAUGUGUUAUGUACAGUUGCAUCAUAUAUUCCCAUAUGCUGUGGAACACAAAGCAGAAAGCUUCUGGCAGCUUAUUUACAGUUCACAGUUGUAAAGUAGUUCACAUUACAGUAGUAGCUCCAUCAAAAUAGGCUCAGCUAAACAUUCAAGUAACAAAAACACUAGUAGUCUCUUCACACCAAUAUUUCCCUAUAUCCAUUGCCAGCAAUGGACAUUAUGGCAGGUGGGUCAGCUCCUGUCACAGAGGAAUGGGGAUACACAGUUGAUGCAAAGUGCAACUUCUCAGUGCAUGCAGUUGCUAACAAAGCUUACGUAAUCCUCAUCAGGGUAUUUUGUGAUGAGUAGCGUGCAUGUGACCAGGUUCUUCACAGGAGAGAUUCUUCUGCCAGUUACGCACAUCAUAAGUCCAUAUACAUGGGUUGCUCCAAGUUAGCUAUGUACUUCUGUGCCAUUUGGAGUUAGCUUACCUUUCCUCUCUACACAAGGUCCUUUAGCAGAGUACUGCACCAGAAGAAAGGGCUCUUUGGUUUCUCCUUCUCCCACAAUGCUUUCCUCAUCUUCAGACUGGCUGAUCCUCUGCAGACGCAGGUAACACCAGCAGCCCAGUAUCAAGGCACCAAGAGCUGCAAUAGCAAUCAAAAUAACAAUAACAGUCACCACUCCGGUGGUGGGGCUAUGAUCCAUAAUAGACAUUGUCAGUAUUUCAGACUGUCCAACUUCUUUAAGGAGAAUUCCUUCUGUUCUCACUGCCAGGCUUGCUGCAUCUUCAAACUCCUGCAGUGGAAAAAAUAGACACUUCAAUAAGCUGUGCAGUUUUACCAUAUUCAGCAACAUUAUAUUCAUGGUUGGUAUCCUUCACAAUGGCACAUGACCCUCUUGCUGUUGGUGCUUUGAGCAUCUCACUCUCUUAUAGUUCUUACUCAUUUUAAGCUAUUUUUUCAAACUCCUUUUGAAGAUGCAGGUUUCUACAACAAACUAAAACAAGUAAAAACUAAACUUAUUUCAGCCCUUGAUGUGCUUGUCAAGCCUGCUAAGAGGUAACAAUUUUUACUAGGAGACAGAAGAUGAGACAAGACACAAACACAUAAUAGACUGCAUGGAAGUUACACAGUUUAGUAUAGAGAGAUUAAAGACUAUUGAAUAAAACACUCAAUCAUGGGUGAGCUCUCAAAUCCAUGACAAGGUCGCAAUUCAGCUACCUUUAGUUUUCCUAAAGGAAUCCUACAAAAACAGUACAUUUGAGAGUCUGAAGUCUGGCCCUUUUUAAAAUUUAAUUUACAAACAUCCGUAUAUUAACAGUUCCAGGUUUGGUAAGCUAAUAGCAAAGGUAAUUGCAGUGCUACUGUAAGCCUGUGUGUAACAUUGGUCUGUUUAGAAGGGCUGACUACACAGUAAUUAACUGGUUGUUCACUGAGCCAAUAAAAACAACAGCUGUUGCUUUAUAUGCAUUUUUUUAAGAAGCAGGUAGAGAUAGAUUUAUUGAGGACUACCAAAACACAAGGGGAAGAUCAUUAUUUUAAGCCUCUCUUCUUCUCAGUGGCUUUCAGACCACAAGAGCAAGGGACCAUGUCAGGACUGCGGCAGAAAUUGGAAUAGAGGCAGCAGGCAGGAAAACGAGAAAGGAGGAACUCCACAGCUUCCUUAGUCUGCUGUGGUUUUGGCAGGAAAAAUGCAUAGGGAAUGUCUUCUGCCACUUCCAAAUUCACAACACUAUUUAAGGAGUGACAUGAACCUUGCCUUAAAUCUCAAAGUUAUUGUUUAAAAAGUCAGUAGCUUUACAUUCCUCCACUUCAACCAGGACAUAAGAAAAAGGCAUUCAUUACCUUUUCUUUUCUACUAGUCUAGCUCUUUAACAAGACAGAAACCUCAUGGAAGACUUCAGACCAGAGCCAGUCCUAACCAGGAACAUAUCUUACCUCUCUGCUGCGGCAGGAAUCACAUUAAGGUUCUAUAGUGCAAUUUCAGGUACGGCAGAUGUAGUCCCUAGUGGUUCUAAGGUCACCUGCAAGUGCGGAACAGUGUCUGCGUUUCACUUGACACGUAGCCACUGACUGGCAAUGGAGUAACAGGAGUGUCUUCUGUAUUCUGAAAAAGCCAGUCUGUCAAGGGCCACAUACCUUUCCAGGAAAGGCUCUUCCUCACCAUCAUUGUUGUACUCUUCUUAGCUGCAACAGCAGCAUCUUCAUACAAAGCCCUCAAAAGAAGUCAAUCUUAAUCAACUUUUCACCAGAACUGUUAGGUUAUUGCAAGUGUUACCCAUUGCACUAAAAAUCUCAUCAGCAUUUUAACGUGAAAGAGUCAAAGGCAAUUACAGUGCAGUAUCUUUGCCAACAGAACUCAAGCUAGAGAUUAAGUUUAUUCCCUUAUGUCUUGUGGAGUGGCAGACCGAUGCACAUAGACCUUUCAACAAGAACACAUCCACUAAAGAGAAGUUGAGUAUCAGUGUCAUUAGGGUCCAGUGUCACAUAACUAACUUGCAUACACUAACUCCAUUUCCAGUCAUGUCAACUACAGCAACCAAUAACCUGUAGCGUACCUGAUACAGGUAACCAAGUCCUACAGACCCAAUUUUGCCCAAGUAAGAUAAACAAAACUAACCACCUCACACACCCUCUACAGAGCUAUGUGCCCACUGCAGCCAGAGGUAUGUGAUUUGUCAUCACCAUCUUGGAUCUGCAAUGCUUAUUCAACACAGAGCGAUUAGCUGAGGAUGAUUAAGAGUGACUUUCAUGCAAUUCAUUUUUCUCAGGACAUGUCUGAACUGCAGCACUGUCUGAUCUAGUAUAAACAGCAUCAGCAUAAAAGAUGGUUUACCUUGCUCCCGCUGCAGGCACUCCACAUUAAGCCCUGUUCUGCAGCUUGCCUAAUUGCCAGCAGCAGCGACAACCUACUAGCACUAUUUCUCAAUAGCAGUUUGUUGCAGCAUUUAACCUUACACUAAAACUAAACAGUUACUGUCACCUAGAAAAUAGCUUUUAAUACUGGGAACUAGCAUUGCAGAAGCUACCCCACUGCCAGACUUCAAGUGAGUAGACAGCAUCAGCUAUACAAAAAUACAAAACUUCGCAUACCACUGUCUUCUGUAUCAGCAAGAUCUUUUGGCAGCCUGGGUUUAGACCUCAGCAUAAUAGCUAGCUCCACACAGGCCUUUGCAAGCAGUCUUGAGAAACAAGUUUGAAAGCAAGAACUAGAUGCUAGGUGUGGGUAACGAAGAACCUACAUCUACCUGGACUGUAGGAGAAUGUAUUUCUCCCUUCCCCUUUCUAACAGCCACAGACUACAGUGGUCUCAGUUUGAUCUAUAAAAUACAGGCAGGUCUGUAAGUUACUAUUUGAGGGAGAAAUGGGGCUUUUUAAGAUGUGCAGAUCUCUGUCUUAAGACAAGGCUUUCUCUUCUCAGGUUAUACACUGGUCUCUUGCCAUUCCCAUUUCUUUUGGGAUCCUAAGGAGUACAGCUGGACCAGGAAGUCCACUGUUUGGGAAAGUGCUUUUUCUGAACAAAGCAUGCACAGGAGCAGUUCAGAGGAGUUAUGAGAGGUAGGCACUUACUGCUGUCCACAUGUGAAGAGCUGUGUAGUACUUAAUUUUCAUUUACUCUUCUUGGACACUUGUGUUUAACACCAUAAUUACUGCUUAAUAAGUCUGCUGCCGCUUGCUUGAAGUUGUGAGGCAACUUAACCCUUACUUCCAUCUUUGUGAAAUCCUGAUGUUAAACUAUAUGAAGACCAGACCCAAGUCUCCAUCAGUCUUACUUCUCACCAGGCACAGGGAAGAACCUUUCAGGGCAACACGCACUCCAUGAGGGGGUGACUUCAGUCAUCAGCAACUCCCACACAGCUGAUGCUUCUAGAGUGUAGGAAGUUCCAUAGCAGGUGCCAGUGAGGAGCUUAAGUAGACAGUUUCAAGGUGCAGAGCUGGCCAGGAAGAACAUGCUUAUUGCUCUGGGUAUGAUAGCUUUGUUUCUUUAUCCUCUGCUCUAGCAACUCAAUUCAGUCAUGACAGCUCCUUCUAGAAUAGUUUCACAUGAAUCCUUUACAAAAGGACAGAUUUAACAACUGGGACAUUAUCUUUCCUUCUACAAGUCUGGCUCCUAACUUUAUACACAAUUGAAGGAUAUUACCAGACUCAUCCUUCCGGUCUAAUGAGUCAUUUGUAUUUAUAUCACCAACUAACUAGAAGAGCUCUUUAAGACAACUGAUAUGUUGACAGUGGCGGAAGUAAACAGAACGAAAGUUGCAGGACCUGUCCUUGAGGCAGGAUGUUAUAUAUGAAUGCUCACUAUACCAGGAAGUUACUUCUAGGUGGGUUAAGCUCUCCUAAUGAUAUGGCAAGGUAGAAAGCGUUUGAGAUGGAGAACCAGGACCUCCAGGAUGCGUGAGACUUUAUUUGCUCUUACUAAAGUUUCCAGUCCAAGUUUGAGUGCAACACAGCAACUUACAGAUUCCUCUUACAGAUCUGUCUUGGACAAAUCUAUAUUUUUUUACAUUAAAAAUUCUGAAUGCUUUUUGA